AUGAUUUCUAGCUCCAACUUAUGGAGGAAACUGCCCCCAAUGCCAACGCCUAGGUGGGGCACGGGAGCAGCACAUAUACCCAGUGUUGGUGACAUAGUUGUUGGUGGAUAUGCAUCUACUGGAUAUUGUAACAAAGCUGAAAUCUUUUUGACAACUUCAUCGCCUCUUGGACAUGCAGGCAGUUGGUGUGAAAUCAUUCCCAUGCUUCAUUCGAGGGAAUAUCCUACAGCAGAAUUUUUCAAUGGAAGUGUAUAUGUCGCUGGUGAUCGUAGAAAUUCACCUUCUUCUGUUGAGAUGUUGUCCUUAUUUACUGAAGGACCUCCCCAGUGGACCGAAGUGAUUAAACCCACUUUUGCGCUUCACUCGUCGAUCUCUUUUAAUGGGCGUCUUUUGUUUGGUUAAAUUACGAGUUGUCCACGACAGGAUUAUCUUCUCUCAAACAGGGAAUUGAUUAAUUUGCAAAUAUGA